GAAAUGGAUGCCAUUGCUCCACUGAAUGACUUGAAGGACAAGAUCGAGAAACUGAAGGAUCAGCAUGUGAAAUCAGUUCAACAGAAAAAGGCUCGCUUUGAGAAGAAGCGCAUGGGUUUGAACAAGAAGAUUCAAAGCAUGAAGAAAAAAGGAGAAGAUACAUCCACUCUGACAAAGCAGCUGGACAAGCUCGCUACUACGUGCAUGGAUGAAGAGAUUGAGGGUGACGGCUUUGAAUAUACAGAAUCAGUGCCUCUAACUCGAAUGCAGACUGAGGUGGAGUUUGAGUCCAAGUCAGCUCGAGCAAAAGCACUUUCAGAUGCCAUCCUUAGCGCAGAAGGUGGUGGUGCAGAUUCAUCUACAAUGAAGAUUGGUGUGCAGGCCAUGACGAGAGAUUUGCAGGAGAAAGGCUUGGUUGCAUCCAAGAUGAAGAAAGCGAAGUCCACCAGCGACAAGAACGUUCAGGAGAUCUACAAGAUAGG